AUGGAAGUCGACAUCGACGAGUCCAAGUCUGACUCUGUGCCAAAUUACGAUUCUGCCACCAUGAGCGAGGCUCAACAAAACCAACCCCAGCCCCAGAACACCACGCCACCGGGUGAACUUACCAGCGACAAUGAAAAGGAAAACAACCCAGAACAGCGAUCUAUCACGGGAAUCCGUUGGCUCCUAGUCUGCGUAUCGAUCUUCUCCGCGAACCUGCUCUUCGGACUCGACAACACCAUCGCAGCCGACAUCCAGGGGGCCGUAUCCGAGACCUAUAACAACACGGGACAGCUUGGGUGGCUCGGCGUCGGUUUUGCUUUGGGUUCCGCUGCAGGUAUUCUGCCCUUAGGAAAGGCGUAUGGGAUUUUUGAUAAUAAAUGGGUUUUCAUCUCGUGCCUGACGAACUUUGCCGCCGCAAGCGCACUGUGUGGUGCCGCACCGAAUAUGAAUGCUAUGAUUGUCGGAAGAGUUUGGGCUGGGUUCGGAGGGGCGGGGAUGUACCUCGGUACGUUGAACUUAUUGACAGCGUUGGUGCUACCCAAGGAGCAACCGUUGUAUGUUGCGAUGAUUGGAUUCGUUUAUGGAGGGGGUGCGAUUCUUGGGCCGGUCGUUGGAGGGUUGCUUGCUGAUAGUCCGGCGACGUGGCGAUGGGGUUUCUACCUAAAUCUCGUCAUAUUCGCCGUCAUGGCGCCCAUCUACCUCUUCCUUAUCCCAUCCACCCCGCGCCGCCCAGACACAAAAUUCAUCGACAAACUCAAGUUAAUCGAUUGGCUCGGCAUCCUGCUCAAUUCCGGUAUGUACUGUUGCUUUACAGUAGCAUUCCUCUUCGGCGGCGUGCUCUGGAAGUGGAGUGAUGGGCCUACUAUUGCUCUCAUCGUGCUAUUUGGCGUGUUUCUCAUCGCCUUUGCGACUACCCAGAAGUUCUGCCUUUUGACCGAUAAAGUCAAUCGUUUGUUCCCGUGCAGUUUUCUGCGCGAUCCGCAGUUGGUGCUUAUGUACAUCCUGAUGGCCUGCAGCGGUGGUGCUAGCAUUUUCGUCUGCGUGUACUACAUCCCGUUGUACUACCUAUUCGCCCGCGGGGACUCUGGGACUGGUGCUGCUAUCAGCUUAUUGCCAUAUAUAUGCUUCUAUGUUGCUUGCGUGCUGUCUUGUGGGGCAUUCAUGGGUCGAGUUGGGUAUCAUCGCGUGUGGUUUCUGAUUUCGGGGUUAUUGCUGACGGCUGGUGCUGCUGCGAUGUACACUGUGGAUCGGAAUACCCCGAACGCAAAUAUCGUUGGUUACACAAUCCUCCUUGGUACAGGCAUGACAACCUCUCAAGCCGCAUAUGCGAUCGGCAAUUUACUCGUGGAACCCGCGAGAGCAGCCGAUGUCAUUCAGUACAUCAACAUCUCGCAAGGUUCUUCCCAAUUAAUCGGUUUAGCAAUUGCCAGCGCCGUGUUCCAGGGCGAAGCCUUUAGUGGUAUUCGGGAGUUACUCAGCUCCGACAAUUACUCCGACGCAGAUAUCCAAGCAGCGAUUGCGGGCGCGCGAAGCGAGGUCUUAAUGAACGCGUCGCCGGAGGUGCGGGAUGCGGCUAUGGAUGUGAUUAUCCAUGCAAUUGAUACGGUAUGGAUUCUAGUUAUUGUGGCGGGCGCGUUGCAUACUGUAUGUUCCCUGUUUUUGACAGGGGAUAGGUUUGUGAAGGCGAAAGGAAGAGACGAGGGAGAAGCAGCGCCUGCGAUGAUGAUAUUCUGA